AUGCCCGACGCUCAGAGCGGGCCAGGUCCGCAAGGUCUCCUCGCCAGCUUCCGCCUGAACCCGUGGCGCGCGGACGACGACGGCGCGGCGCGGCGCUACCCGUGCCCGCUCUGCGGCAAGAAGUACCGCUGGAAGAAGUCCGUGCUGGCGCACGUGCGCUCCGAGUGCGGCCGCAGGCGGUCCUUCCAGUGCCCGUUCUGCGCCUACCGCGCCAAGAGGAACACGCACCUCAAGGCUCAUGUCAAGUCCAUCCACCCGGGAACCUCGUUUCCCAGGUUCGACAUGGCGGAGUCGUUGGAUGCGGACCGGCCCUGGGCGUCGUGGGGUCGCGGCGACGACCCCAAGCUGUUCCCCUGCGGCCAGUGCGACAAGGCCUACAAGUCGCGCCACACGCUGCUCCGGCACAGGAAGUUUGAGUGCGGCAAGGAGCCACAGUUCCGGUGUCCCUGCUGCCCCUACCGGGCCUACCACAAGUGCAACCUCAAGUCGCACGUCAGGAACGUCCACAAGCUCGUUUAG